AUGGCCGAGUGCAACACGGAGAUACACGUCACGAUUUCUCCGACUUGCUUGUCUUUCUGUGUAUUCACUGCAUCGCCUACCCUUCUUAAGCGUGCAGCCCCAAAGGGAAUUGACGUUUCUGGCUUUCAACCGGGUGUAAACUUCAAUACUGUCAAAGCUAAUGGAGUGUCGUUCGUGUACAUCAAGGCCACAGAGGGCACUACUUUCAUAAGUGAUCUCUUUAGCUCUCAAUACACAGGAGCAACGAAUGCAGGUUUGAUCCGUGGAGCUUAUCACUUUGCACAUCCGGAUAGCUCGAGUGGUGCUGCCCAAGCGAACUUCUUCCUAGCUCACGGAGGUGGCUGGUCAGCGGAUGGUAUAACUCUUCCUGGUACUAUAGACUUGGAAAACAACCCUAAUGGUGCUGAGUGCUACGGGCUCAGCCAGUCGGCAAUGGUAUCUUGGAUUAAAGAUUUUUCCUCAACGUAUGAAGUGAAGACUGGGAGCUGGUGGACUACCUGUACUGGCAACAGCGCGGCAUUCAGCAAUGACAACCCGUUGUGGAUUGCUCAUUUUGCUUCUGAAGUCGGACCAAUACCGUCAGGCUGGCCGUUUUAUACGUUCUGGCAGAACGCAGAUAGUGCCUCUCCGAACCCGGGUGAUUCUGACAUCUUCAAUGGUGACGCAACGGGAUUGGCUAGACUUGCAAAGGGUUCUUGA